CCGUGUCCCGCCUCCUCGCCCCCGCGCUCGCUCGGACUCGAAGCCCUAGCCCCUAGCCGAGCGGCCAACCGCCUCCUCCUCCUCCACUCCGUCCUCCCAUCCUCCUCCCCGCUCCGCGCCUUUUGCCCCCUCCCACGCCCCUCUGCCCGCGCCACCUGCUCCGCCGCCAUGGCGGACACCGACAACCCGCUCCUCGCCGACUUCGACUUCCCGCCCUUCGACGCCGUCCAGCCUGCCCACGUCCGCCCCGGGAUCCGCACCCUCCUCGCCCGCCUCGAGGGCGAGCUGGAGGCGCUGGAGAAGGGCGUGGAGCCGGUCUGGGACAAGCUCGUCGUCCCGCUCGAGCGCAUCACCGACAGGCUCGACGUUGUCUGGAACGUCGUCGACCACCUCAAGGCCGUCAAGGACUCGGCCGACCUCCGUGCAGCCGUAGAGGACGUACAGCCAGACAAGGUCAAGUUCUAUCUCAGGCUGGGCCAGAGCAAGCCCAUAUACCAAGCCUUCAACGCCAUCAGGAACUCUUCACAAUGGGACAGCCUAAGCGAUGCUCGCAAGCGGGUCGUACAAGGCCAAAUAAAAGAUGCUGUUCUUGGUGGAGUUGCACUUGAGGAUGAACAGAGGGACAAGUUUAAUCAGAUCCAGCAAGUAGGUUCUUUGUUAUUAUAA